AUGCCGCAGGGUUGCGUCAACUUUUUGUUUAUCCGCACAAUUUUUGAACAGAAUUUUAACAAUACUCUCAAUUUUUGCUAUUUUUUUCAGCUGAAGUACGUAAAAAAAAAUGUUUAAACUUGUAUUUCUGAAAUUUUGUGCUUCAGCGCAUCAUGGCCGAAGGAGUUCAACAAGAUACCUUCUUGGGACUUUCCCACGAAGAUGUAAGCUUUUGUAGGGAACUAAGCUCUUGGAACUUGAUUGUCUACAGGAGAAAUUUGCGAAGAACUUGAUUGCCAAGCUUGCCUUGAAUUCUCUGUCGUUGCCUCUGACGGUCACCCGCACUCUCAUUCAACUUGGCCACGAACCUUUCCCGCUGUCCACCGGAAAGACUCUUAUCUGCGCUGGCAGAAAUGCCUAUUUCUUGCCGAAUGUUUUCAGCUACAGUAAGGGAACAUUACACUCCUCACUCUGAUUACUGAAUGUUCAGUCGGACAGCUGGGCAAGACUCGUGGGUACUCCACUCUCUGGACUGGACUCGACUCGGCCAUAGUCUCGUUGACUGUUCAAGGAAUUGCUUCGCAUCGCACCGAGCAGGUGAGCGCUUUUCGGUUUUCAGAAAAACCGGUACACAUGAAAACCGUGAAAAAUUGGCUUACAGUACCUUGAUGAGUACUACCAGGAAGUUGGAGGACCUCGCGUCAACUAUGACAAAGAGGAGGACGCGUUGACUGAUUCGGAGUCAUUCCGCCGAGUUCUUCGCAAGGGAGUCCGCGACUCAAUCAUUCGCAUCGUCGCCGUCACUGCGGCUCGUCCGUUUACUGGUAGGCGUCCUUAUUAACGCAUUUUCAAAAAAUAGUAACGUACUUUCAGUGUGCUUCAUCCGCCAGAUCGCCCAGAUCAUCGGAAACGAGACCAAGUACACCACUUGUGCUCAGGCUCUGAGUGUCAUCGGAAAGCAAGAAGGACCGGCUGGUCUUUUCAGUGGACUUGCUCCACAGAUCGUUGGAGAACUCCUUGUCAUCUGGGGAGUUCACGUCUUCACUUACGCAGUUCAGAGAGUGAUUCUUCGUACUGAAAUUGGAGAUACAAAGCAGACGGACGAGUCGAAGGCCAAGGCCGCCAAGGAUGUUCACAAAUUCAUUCAUACCGCUGUUCCAUUCCUGGUCAACUCUUUCGGAUAUCCGUACAGCGUUGUUUCCAGCGUUAUGGCAGUUGCUGGAUCUGGUAAGCAAAAUUCAAUGCCAACGUUUCAGUAUUCCUUUUUCAGGACUUGCCGUCUCGUUCCUGCCUUAUUCGCCAUCGUUCGGCAACUGGCACAACGCCUGGGACUACCUCCACCCGGUGGGACUCAAGCGCGGUAACCGUCUGUUCCUCCGCGAACAGGUCGGUGCCGUCACCGUCGGAGCCGAUCAGCAACUCUACGCCAGCAAUUCCUACUUUGCAUGA